AUGACCCAGACUCUGGACCAAAGGGAGGACCCUCUUAACCUGGGUGGCGGCUUCACAUCCUCAGCCCCAGUACGCACCAGGUAUUCAUGUCACCAAAGGCGUCAUAGCGCCCCGAUUUACAAAAGGAGGCACCGCUAUGCCCCCAAAGCCGUGUAUGAGCCCCCCAGGAAGCACCCUAAGCAACAACAGGGCCCGGGCCAUUGGUUCCAACCACCUCUAUGUCCCUACUGGACUGUGUAUUCCCACUGGGGGCGCUGGGGCGGGCGGUGGCACCCGCCCCCAGCCGCCUGCUGGAGUGCUCCAGGACAGGUGCAAAUGAUCCGGGUGUACGGACUGCACCCCCUCUGCCUUUGUUGCUGUUCUUGUUGGGGAGGCCCCCAGACUCCAGCCUGGGCAAGGCCCUAUGGCCGGAAGAGGCGCUGGGGUCGCAGGAGCCGCGGCCUGCGCCGCUUCCCUCGCCGCUCCUUCCCGAGGAACCCGCCGGUGGAUCUGCGCAUGCUCCUGCGUCCGGUCAACCUGUACGGGUGGCGGGCGCCUGGCAUGCGAGCGCCGCGGAACACCACGCAGUUCAUCAUGAACCAGAUCUACGAGGACAUGCGGCAGCAGGAGAAGCUGGAGCGUCAGCAGGCGGCGCUGCGGGCGCAGCAGGCUCCGGCUCCGGGCGAGGCCUUCCCGGAGGCCGGCUCGGGAGACGAUGCUCCGCCCAGCGGCUGCGAGGAAGACGCGGAGCUGCAGGAAAUUUUAAACAGCUUCAUGCAGGAGCAUUCUGUGGUCUUCAGUCCGGCCCCUCAGGCGCAAACCCAGUGUCCCGCCUCGCAGCAGGUGGCAGAAGAGGAAGCAAAGAGGAAUGCGAGAGAGGAAGAGUGUGAGGAGGAGAGCGAGGAGGAGGAUGAAGAGGAGGAGGGCCAGGAUGGAGAGGGUGAAGAAGACGAGGAUGAGGAUGGAGAGGGUGAAGAGGAGGAGGAGGAGGAUGGAGAGGGUGAAGAGGUGGUCGGAGAAACUAACUAUGAGAAAGAGGAACUGGAGGAAGAAAAGGCAGAGGAGAAGAGAGGAGACAAAGAGGAUGUGCAGAGAGAGGAAGAGAACCAUUUGCCUUUAUCCACCCUGGUUGGUUCUGAAGAAGAGAGAGAGAACUUUAUAGGCUGCAAUUAUUUCAGUCCCAAAGACAUUAAUUUUGAAGUGUCACAGGAAGCUCUCUUCAUGGUGCAGGACAUCAACUUUUAG